AUGUUCGCCUCCCUCGUCGCUCUUCUUCCUCUCGCGCUCUUUGGAGCAUUAGUGAACGCCCAAUCCGACUGUGCGAGGAACUAUACGGUUCGUCUAGGCGAUGUCUGCGAUUCGAUUUCGGCAGCACAGAAUGUUUCUACGUUCCAGCUCGCGAACGCGAACCCAACCAUUAACGCGGAUUGCUCGAAUUUGGCUCUAGGCGAGCCUCUCUGCCUCGGAAUCACCGGCCAAGACUGCACGACCACCCACGUCGUCUCCUCCGGCGAGACAUGCACGUCUAUCGCUGAUGGCGCUGGGAUAGCGUUUUCGCUGCUCGUGGGGAAUAACCCGAAUGUGAACGCGGACUGUUCGAAUAUCUAUCCGGGCGAGGUGCGGUUUCUUCUUGUUCUUGUUCUCCUUCUCGUUUUGUAUGGCUUUGGGAAAGAAGUUCUGGUGGAAUAUUUUGCUGAAGAGCGUUGUGAUGCGAUUAUGAUUGUAGGUGUUGUGCACGGCGUCGACCGCGAUUGCGUACAACACGACGUCGAGCGCUUGAAGGGGCGUAAAUGGGUGUCCGCUUGA